AAAAGAAGGCUUUCAAUAAUCGAAUCGAAUCUCAUUAAACUAGUAAUAACAAAAAUAAUAAUAAUAGCAUAAUAAUAAUUCAACAAGACAAGUUUAUUGGUAUAAUGAAUAUCCUGUCAUUGCCAGAAACAUUGUUGAUGGACAUAUUUGAAUGGCUUUCAUAUGACGAAGUAGCCAAAAAACGAGAAGUUUGCACUCGAUUUAAUUAUAUAGGACAGCAGGUGCUCAACACGGGAUUUAACAAAAUUAUACUGAGACAUGGAAAGAACUUCAAACGUAUUAAAUCAAUGCUGCCGCGCCGCGAAUCUGAACGCAGAAACCAUGUAUUGGCGCGUCAUUCGGACAUACUUACCUCGAUUGAGACACGCAUUUCAAUGUUGACUAUGACCUACUCAAAAUUUAUAGACUUGAACAUAUGCUGCUUUAUUCCUGGACGUGUUCUCGAUGAAAUCGCCAGCAUACUGAGACUAUUGUCUAGCACGACAAAACCACUGCGACCCCAUGAGGUUUUGCAAGAGCUACGUGAUAUAUCCUCCAUGGCAAUUGAGCAUUUUGAUGAGAAAAUUGCAGUUAAUUUUAAGUUGGAGCAUCGUAAACAAUUAGCCGAAUCCACAGCAGCGGCAGCUGCAGCCAGUGGCACACGACUUGUGGUCUGCGGUACAUUGGGCGACAUUAGUUUUAGUGGCAAACGUUCAGCCAUUGGUCAUGGCAUCUGCCAGCAGGCAAUUGUCCAGUUGAACCCUCUCUCAUCAAGUGUGUCCAACUGCAGUAAUCAGCAGCAUUCACACCAGCAACCCUCUUCCUCAGUCACAUCCAGGAAUCAAUCAUCUGGCCAAAGAGAACGCUUCCCCAGAGACUAUCAGAAGCAGUUGUUAAUUCACAAAACCCUAUUGCACAAAGUGAAUAGUCUGGAAGUGGGACGUAAAAUUCAGGAUCGUCGUCUGCAAGAGGCUUUAGGUAGCAUCACUGAGCUGACCACCCAAGUGUCUGAGCUAAAGCGUCAACUGGAAGAUGUGGUAGCCAGCAUAACAGGUGGUGGCAAAAAACCACUUAAACGUCGAUCUGACGCCGGCGGCCAGGACCCCACCACAACCACCAUCAAUCACAAAAAGCCCAAGGUCGGGUAACAGUAGAUAAUUUCGUCGACCUAACUCUGGCUAGUAUUAUUUGUUUACGGAUUUGUUUUCGAUUCAAAUUUCUUCGCCGUUUUUUUUCUUAACUGCGAACAACUCAAAGCAAAAUAUUUCGCUCGUUGGAGUUUUGCCGACAGAAAAUCAGUCUCGAUAUGCAGCCUUAAUAGUUUUUUUUUUUUUUUUGCUUCAUUACAUUAUGUGUAUGUCUGUAUAAAUAUUUGACCUAGGUAUGAUAUCCUUAAUUUAAAGAUAUAAAAAAAAUAUCGAAUAAGCCCGAGUGCAACAGGACAUUUGAAUAUUUCGAGUUAUGAUUUAUUGUUGCACUUGUUACUUAACUAUAAAUAUGGUAUUACAACUAUAUAAAUACAUUGAAACAGCUAAUGUGAAUUUUCCUCAUACUAUAA